GUUCACGGAAUCUGGUCUGGCUGGACUGCAACCUGGCUGUAGGGGAAGACUUCCUCCUGUGUCAGGCUUCAAGGGCGGAGAUAGCAGGCAGUCCAGCCGUUUAGGGAUGACGUUAUCAUAGUAAUGAUUCUUUUGUUUGCAGGAAAUGUGACGAUCGUCUGGCGAAUGCCGCCGCCACAGCACACUGUACAUCAUGGCUCACACCGCGAAAGCCGUAGGGCCAUCGAGCUCGUUCCGCGACGUGACGCUGCUCGAGACGCCUCUUCUUAAAGACCACCUUGACAGCGGCUCGCAUACCGCGCCACGGCGCCAGAACUCCGUGGGGCCCACUGUCCGCAUUCUCCGCUUCGGGUUCGGGCACAGCCGCCAGCAGUCAUGGCUGUCGCAGCUCAACCCCUUCGCGUCGCUCCGAUGCUCCGCGUCGCUCACGUGGCAGCUGGUGCGCGACGCCGUGCCGUGCCUGGAUUGGCUGCUGGCGUACGACGUGCGGCGCGACUUAAAGGGCGACGUGGUGGCGGGGCUAUCAGUGGGCUUCAUGAUCAUCCCACAGGGCAUGGCGUACGCGCGCGUCGCGGGCCUGCCGUCCAUCUACGGCCUCUACACCGGCUUCGUGCCGUGCCUCGUGUAUAGCAUUUUCGGCAGCUCGCGGCAGCUGGCGCUGGGCCCCACCUCCCUGGUGUCGCUGCUGGUGAGCGAGGCCAUCAAGCGCAUGGCGGAUCCGGACUCGCGCGACCCCAGCGUGCAGCAGCUCUACCUGGGCCUCACGCUGCUGCUCUCGCUCAUGCUCGGCGCGCUGCAGCUACUGGCGGGGCUGCUGCGGCUGGGGUGGGUGGUGCGGUUCCUGUCGCACGCGGUGGUGUCGGGCUUCAGCAGCGGCGCCGCCAUCAUGCUGGGGCUCAUGCAGAUGCGCUACUUCCUCGGCUACACCACGCGCCACGAGACCAUCCACAUGAUCCUAUAUGACAUCUUUGUGAAUCUCAAGACGGUGCACGUGCCGUCGCUCGUCAUGGGCUCGCUGGCCCUCGCCUUCCUGCUGGUGAUGAAGCACCUGGGCAAGCGCCACAAGCGGCUGCGCAUUCUGCGCACGAUGGGUCCCAUCCUGGCGGCGGCCAUGGGCACGGCGGCCGUCUACCUGCUGCGCAACCCCUGGCACAUCCGAGUCACGGGCCUCGUGCCCUCGGGGCUGCCGUCCCCCUUCGUGGCGUUCCCGUGGGCGCGGUGGCGCGACCUGGUGUCGCCCGCGCUGGUGAUCGCCAGUGCGGCGUACCUGGAGACCAUCGCCAUCGCCAAGACGCUGGCGGCCAAGAAUGGCUACUCCGUGGACGCCAACCAGGAGCUCGUGGCGCUGGGUCUGGCGAACACAGUGGGGUCGUGCUUCCAGGCGUUCCCCACGGGCGGCAGCUUCUCGCGGUCGGCGGUGAGCGACGACUGCGGGGCGCGCACGGGCAUGGCGGGCACGGUGAGCGUGCUGCUCGUGCUCGUGACGCUGCUCUUCCUCACGCCGCUCUUCCAGUUCCUGCCGCUGCCCGUCCUCGGAGCCAUCCUGCUGUCGUCGGUGUUCGGGCUGGUGGACCAUGAGGAGGCGGCGUUCCUGCUGCGAGUGGACCCCAAGGACUUUGUCGUGUGGAUGAUGGCCUUCUGCGGCACACUCUUCUUCGGCAUCCAGACGGGUGUGAUGAUGGCGGUGGUGAUCUCGCUGGGCUUCGUCAUCAACGAGUCGGCCAAUGCGCAGUGUGAGGAGCUGGGGCGCCUGCCCGGCACCACGGUGUACCGCGCGGUGACGCAGUACCCCGACGCCAAGGUCACCGCGGGCAUCGCCGUCAUCAAGUUCCACUCCCACCUCUACUUCGCGAAUGUGAGCAACCUGCGGGACGUGCUGAGGCGCUACGAGGGGCUCACCAGCCGAUCGCCCCUGCCUGCUCCCGCCCCUACCAGCCCCCCCACCACCCCCCGCCCCUCGCCCCCACCUGCUGCUGCUGCGCCUGCCAGCAGCACCCGCAACAGCACCCCCAGCCCUGCCCUAUCCUCCACCAGUCCUCUCAGCCUGCCUCGGCGAGCCAGUGACGGGAGCUUGGACGGACGAACCAGCAGCUUCAGGAGCAGAGGCAGCAGCAGGGGAGGGGGGGCGGGGAGUGGGAGCAGCGGGGGGAGUGGGGAGUGUGAUGUGGAGGAGGGAGGGGGGGCAGGCGAGGCACUGGUGUCACCAGUAGAUGCAUCGGAGAGAGAACAGGAGGGGAGGAGGGGAGGGGUGAAAGGGAGAGCGCUGGGAGUGGGGAAUGUGCCAAUAGAGUAUGUGAUUAUAGACAUGACGUCGGUGCAUGCAGUGGACUCGGCAGCGUGCCACGCCUUCAGGGACAUCUGUCUGGAGUACCAGGCGCGAGGGGUGCGCCUCGCGCUCGCCAACCCCAGCGACACCGUCAUGCACCGACUCACACGGGCCGGCAUUCCGGACCUCAUCGGGCGGCAGUGGUUCUUUGUCCGGAUCUUCGAUGCCGUCCAGCUCUGCAAGGCUGACAUGGCGUGCCGGCACGCUGCAGCCUCUGGUGCGCUGCCACCUGGCGGAUUCACAGUGGCUGACGUGGAGCAGCAGCGGGGGCAGCAGGAGGGGAGCAGGGCGCUGCCGCGGCCUCGGUCAUUCACGGACGACAUCCGGGUGUUCCCGCGACUGGCAGGCAGGGGCGUGAGGGGCGGGGACAGGGUCAGGCAGGGUGGGGGGCGAGGGCGGAUGGCAGGGCGGACAGUGACCUGGGGCGUGCAGGGGGUAAUAGGGCAGGAGGUGACGGGGAGAAGCGGCAUGGAUGGGGCAGGGGCGGGUGCUGGGUCGUUGGCGGGCUCUGCAGCCAUGGUGGCAGGGACUGAGGGCGGUGGCAGGGAGGGGUCCAUGGCGCACUGGCCGGAGGAGAGUGAGCAGCCUGGCAGCCCCGAGUACGGCUCUGUAAUGCCCGCUGCGAGCAGUGCUGCUGCCUCUUCCUCUGGUGGAGCUGCAGCCAUGGCAGACACGGUUCGUGCGGAGGGGGUGUCAUCGGGGAUGGGUGUGACGUCACCCGAGUUUCCAGCCAUGGGUGGCUUGGGCGGGCAGGCUUACUCAGCGCCUGAGGUGAUGCAGUCGGAGUAUGUGCUGGCGGAUUCAGAAGAGGAAGAGUCCGAGUGGGUGAGAAUAAAGCGAGACAGGAGGAGAGAGAAACAUGCGGGGACUAGGCUUGAUGACUGUACUGAAGAGAGCAAUGGGCAAGUCGAGGCCGAUGAAUAUGGGCGCCCCGUAUGUCCCGUGUGUCAUGGUCUUCUGCCAUUGGCUGAUGGUCAGAUGCCAGAUUAUGAGCCUAGCCAUGUCCUUGUAGAUUAUUGUGUAUGCUUUAGUGACUAAUUGCAGCUUUCAACUGUUAUAUUCUCCCUCA